CCGCACCAAACCCUACCCAGAUCAACUCACUCACCUCUCCUCCCUUCCUUCCGCCCGCCGCCUCCCUCUCUCUCCCCGGUGCAGAUCAACGCCGCCACCCCUCUCUAACCCUAGCUUCUCGUCGCUGGCGGCGCCGCCCUCCCUCCCUCGCCCUCUCCUCCUUCCCUCAUCACGGCUGCCUCCACCACGCCACAAACCCCGGCGACGGCCUCAUGUAGAUCCCAUCCUGCUCCGCGUCGCCGCUCUCCCGGCCAUCUCUUCGUUCCCCCACAGCCACACCUCAUCCUCCCCCCCUCCCCCGGUCCCGUCCCCAGCCCCGCCGCCCGGCGCCACCUCAUCACCUUAAGCCGCCGCAGCCCAUGCUUUCACCCGUCCUCCGCCUCCGCGGCAGCCUCCUCGUUCUACAUCGACCGGAUCCUGCUGCCCAGUAGCUUCUCGCAUCCGCUCUCGACCUCCUCCCGGGACAAGGACAAGGAGGAGAGCCUCCCGCCCGCGCCGCCGGCGUCGUGGGUGUAGAGGUGGCUCCCGGCCGGUGGGGCGGGGAAUUUCAUCAGUGUGUUUGAGGCCGAGCUCGCCGACACCGUCCCGGUGGUCAAGGCAUUCAUCGGCGGCAUGAGGAUCCUCGGGACAUUGUGCGUGGGCAACAAGAACGGCCUUCUUCUACCACACACCACCAACGACCAAGAGCUCCAGCACCUCAAGAAUAGACUGCCUGAUGAGGUGGUCGUCCAGUGUGUCGACGAGCGGCUCUCCGCCCUCGGCAACUGCGUCGUGGGUGGAGAGGUGGUCGAUCACAAUAGCGGCGAUGCCGGGGGAGCUCCCUGACUUGAAAAUGCUGGCGCUCUUCGGAUGCAGAGCUGUCCUCCUCAGGGGGGCUGGUUACACGGUGAAUGAUCUUCUCGACCGCGACAUUGAUAACAAGGAGCUGGAGGAAAAGAGGAAGGAGAAGGCCAAGAUCUCCUCCGACAGGAGAAAGCAACUGGCGAAGCUCCGCAUCAAGGCCGAGAAGGCAGCCGAAGAGAAGGUUCUGAGGCUGCAGCCUGGGCACAGGUACUGCCUCCUCGGCCAGCUCUCCAAGGAGGUCGGAUGGAACUACGCUCAUACCAUAAGAUCUGUAGAAGCUGCCGCCGCCGCCGCUGCCGCUGCCGCUGUUGCAGGUGGAACAGGAAGAAGCCCUCAUGGCUGCCGCACAUCCGAAGUGGCGAGCGCCACCCCAUUUUUUUGGGCUGCGACUUGAUGGUCAUGCUGCUGUUUUGCUCUGCUUGAUAAUUCCAAUCAGAUCAUUGUCAACACUAUCAUCAUCAGGAUCUAAUGUUGUUGAGGAUGCUGGUGCUAUGACAGAAGAUCAAGGAAGCCUCGAGAUCCGCACCACAGUUUUAGUUGAUGUUGCUAGUUUGCCACCAUGUUUUGAAUAUUUGAUGUUGUUGAUGUUGCUAGUUUGCCACCGUGCAUAUGCUAUUGGACAUGCAAACAUGUAUGUGAUGUUGUGAAUAUUUGAGCGAAUGAUUCUGUAUUUAAUAAUUUAAUAGAGAAUUUUUUUUC